GGAUGCACCAUGGCACACAACACGGCAUUAUUAGCGUUAUGUAUUCUGGUGACCUGUUCUACACAAGGAGAUUGCACUUGUAAAGAAGAGUCCAGUCAGCAGUGUGGUGAACUCUUAUUUAAUGUCAACAAGUACACAUGUUGCAGAAGGAAUAUACAUAAUGGUUCUGGACUGGACUGCUGUGGAACUUUGGCCUAUAAUGCCAUGGAGAGUUCUUGCUGCAAAAAUGAGGUUACACAUGGUUUGGGCCAGGCUGUGUCAGACUGCUGUGGAUCCAAGGCUUACAACCCCAUCAACCAGAUUUGCUGUGGGGGAAGCAUCCAGAACAGGCUUGGUCCUCAGGCCAGUUGUUGUGGAUCAGUAGUCAUUAAUGAUGCAACUCAUUUAUGCUGUGCUGGGAACAAAGUCAUGAAAAAGACAUCAGUGUUUCAUCGAUGCUGUGGCGAGGAUUUGUAUGACAAUAGAACAGAAUGUUGCUGUUCUACCUUCCAAUUAAAAGUGGAGAAUCGCAGUACCAGCAGAUGCUGUUCAGAGGAUAUACCAAAAGAUUCUUCUAGUACUGACACUAUAUCGGGAACAGACAAGAAGGGCCAGGCAGAAUGUAGUCUGAAUGUAACCAGAAAAAUGGACACUGAAGCUCACCCUGAGUGUCAAUACAGUGGCGGGCAGGAGGAGGAUGAAAACACCAGCAUCUGUUGCUCAGGGAAGAAGCGUCAGAAGAAAUCUGGCCUCACGCGAUGUUGCGGUGCAGAAGUGUACCAGCUCUGGGAAGACGGAGCGUUGUGCUGUGAUGAUGUGCUGUAUCGUGACCAGCCGGCAAGCUCGAUGUGCGCUGGGAAAGCCGUUUACUCUCCGCAUCGUUACACCGUGUGCCAGGGACACGUGCACCUGCCCGCGGGCAAGCAGUGCUGUGGAAGUCACCCCUACAACCCUCACAAGGAGAUCUGCUGCAAAGGACAUAGACACAGCAGGCCAGCGGAGGAUGUGGUCUGCUGUGGCCUCGAUGCCUACAGCCCCAGCACACCUGGCUACAAGUGCUGCGCCGGUCACCUUCAUGACCUCAAAGGGCUGAAGGACCAAUCAGAGGCUGAGUGCUGUGGUCCUCUCCUCCUGAGGAAGAAGCAGCAGUGCUGCUACUCCACAGAGAAAACUCUGGUGUAUGAGGUCCAGGAUGGACAUUCCUGCUGUGGACACUGGUACUACAACAUGUCCUUGUGGAGGUGCUGCGCUGGGAAACUCUUUCCACUGACAAAUGACUCAUGGGUUGGUCAGCGACAAGCAGAGUUCAGGCUUCUUCCACAUCUGUCAGACUACAACACCUCCACCAUUUGCAGAGAGAAAAUGCUACUGGGAACAGUGGUGAGUGAAGCUGUAAAUCAAGCAUUUCGCUCUGUAGUGUUGAUGGAUGUUCUGUAUGUGUCGAACACCACCAUAACACCACAGAGACACCAUGAAGUCAGCUCACUAGACCACUGCAGUUUCCCUCUUUUGGAGCCAGGCAGGCCCUACCUUUGGAGGUUCAACGGCAGUCAGUAUGAGCCAAUAGCCAAUGUCCCUGAUGUGGCUGCUCUCCAUUCCAUCUUGAGCCACUGUUAAGUAUUUCAUACAAGACAUACUAGUUAACCUUCAGUUCAUAUUUACAGUACACAUUCUGCCCCCUCUGUUUUCCCCAGUAAUCUUACUAAUGUCUUGGCAAUGGCCUGUGCACUAGACAUUUGACCAAACAACACACUUUAACUCAUUCCAGUGGAAAAACACUAAGAUAAUGGAAAAACACUAAGCUCAUAAACUGUUAAGCGUGCAAUAAUGUGGCAUCAUUUGAAAAAAACUAUGCACUGAGAAAUUACAUGAUUUGUGAUCACAGGGACAGGUCCUUUGUGAAUGCCUAUAAUGCAAAAACACAGCUUUGAUGCUUUGGUGCUUUGAGGCUGAGGUGUAUUACAUGCCCAGGUGCACAAAAUCUUGAAACAUCAUGAAUUAUUUUAUAAGAUGAUGCCAGUCUUAAUUUAUGCAUUAUGCGUCUAAUGUUGAUUAGAAGUCUUAAGACUACUUAGUAUACCUUGAGUGUGUUUUUAUCAGUUAUACUAAUGUUUGUGCGGUUUAUACAGCAUAGCAGCCAACAGCUAUGAUAUGCAAUUAAUUUCCGUGAAGUCAAUUUGGGAGUGAAUGUAAUAUUUCUCAGCUACAAUGAGCCAACACAAGUUGCAAGUGUUUUCAAUAUUUAUUAAUUUCUUAAUAUGAAUGAAUUAGUUUUAAAUGGAUCUAAAAGUAGUUUUUACUGCUCCUAGAUCUUAUUGGUUUAAGGCCACAGCUAUCCAUUCAGUUAUCAAUUAAAUCCUUACAUGAAACUAUUAAUUAUCCUGAUACCUAUUAAUGGUGUACUGUAAUAUGGUGCAGAUUGAUUUAUUUUAUUAAUACUGUAAACACAUCCAUAAUACUAUUUGAGCACUCAGAUAUGGAAAUGGCUUGCUAUAAUAUAAUACAGUAAUUGCAUGGUAUUACUUAAAAUUAAGCUUUCUGGUGUCAGGGAUCAAUUUUCUACAUUUAUAUGAUACAUUUAUUUUCUAUAUUUACAAGUAUGCAUUUCAACAUUUUUAUGAUGGCAUAAAUGUGCCAGUUACAUAUGAACCUUUUUUUGCACAUUCAUACAAUGUAUUAAAUAAUGCUUUCAAAUAAAGUAU